AACCUGAAAGAACCAGAGUUUACCUCUUACCGAUUCCAGCUGUUCUCCACCUUCACCUCCCUAUUAAGAGGAAUAUCAUUUCUAGUUCACAUAGUAAAAUCCUACAAUCACACCAACCAACACAGCAAAUGCAAAGGUUGGCACAGAUGUGACUUACACCAUACCCCAGACGAAAUUAACCAAGCAAGGAAUGUUAUCCUUAAAGCAACACAAAGGGCUACAUUUGCAAACGAACUGACGGCCCUCCAAGGUAACCAAGCCGUACCCAAAAGUAGUCACUUAAGGAAACUCAGUCCAAUCUUGGAGGACAACUUAAUUUGUGUUGGAGGACGACUAAAGUACUCUGAGCUUGCAACUGCAGAAAAGAAACCAAUAAUUCUCCCCAAAGAUAGCCACAUAUCAUUAUUGCUCAUUCGACAUCACCAUGAGCAAGUGAAACAUCAAGGCCGUCACCUGACAGAAGGAGCUAUAAGAGCAGCGGGACUGUGGAUCCUGGGAGGCAAGUCAUUAAUUAAUUCAGUACUUCACAAAUGCAUAACCUGUCGCAAGCUGCGUGGAAAGUUGGAAGAACAACACAUGUCAAACCUGCCACCUGAACGUCUAAAGGUCUGCCCUCCAUUUACAUAUGUGGGGCUCGACGUAUUUGGACCGUGGUCUGUCACAAGCAGACGCACCAGAGGAGGACAUGCGGAGAGCAAGCGGUGGGCCAUCAUGUUCUGCUGCAUGAGUUCAAGAGCAGUGCACAUCGAGGUCAUUGAAUCAAUGGACACGUCGAGUUGCAUAAAUGCUCUCAGGCGCUUCUUUGCACUCAGAGGCCCUGCGAAACAGCUCCAUUCCGAUUGCGGUACCAAUUUCAUUGGAACGUAUAAGGAGCUCGGAAUGGACAAAGUGGUGCAGAAGUACCUCAGCGAGCAAGGAUGCAGCUGGGAAUUCAACCCACCUCACAGUUCUCACAUGGGAGGCUCGUGGGAGCGCCUGAUAGGCAUUGCCAGAAGAAUCCUAGAUUCAAUGUUUCUCCAGCUGAAAACACGUUUAACCCACGAAGUUCUUUGCACACUAAUGGCAGAAGUUACUGCUAUCAUAAAUGCACGACCACUCGUACCCGUGUCUGCAGACCCAGAACAGCCAUUCAUACUCUCACCAUCUAUGCUCCUCACACAGAAGACAGGAGUUCCGCCUCCUCUCGGAGACUUUACGGACAAGGACUUGUACACAAAACAAUGGAGACAAGUUCAGGCUCUCGCAAACCACUUCUGGACCUGCUGGAGAUGA